AUGGCAUCAAACUUUUAUCGCAGCACAGAUGCUCCGAGGUAUAUUCUUGGCCAUGGUCUUGAGAUUGGCUUCAUCUGUAUGGGUACGGUGGCUCUUGUGAUUCAGGUCUUGAGCUAUCGUCGCAUCAACAAGCAAAGAGAGAUUGCGCUGGCGCAGGGAGAAGCCGAGAGAUAUACCCCGGAAGAGCUGGGCGAUCUCGGAGAUAAGGCUGUAACGUUUAGAUACACGCUUUGA